AUGGGAUGCUGUGAAUAUAGAGAUGUAAGAUCUAGCCUAGAAUUCUCGCUUUCAGAAGCCUUUAACAAGCCUUAAGAGGCGUAGCAGAAAAAGAAAUAGUCAUCUAGAAAUGUGCUAUCAAGGCUCUUUUAAGAAAGAAUGAGAUUUGGAGGAAGACUGCAACAGUGAUUUUAUUCUUGACAAAAUUCCAGAGUUAGUCGAAGAAGAACUGUAUUUACGCUGUGUUUUGAACUAUGUAGAGAAGCUUCUGAUACGGUCUGAUUGGAGCUCCUAUGUUUCUGACGACCUAAUGGAUUUGAAAAUGCUUGAAGAAAACGAUUCCUAUUACUGCCAUAUAAAGCUCACCUUCAGUGCAUUAAUUUCAACAGAAUUGAUACUACAAACUUUGAAUGUCCCAUCUAGGAGAGUAGGCUGAGACAAUGCUAUAGAAGAAAUGACUAUUAUUGAAGGGAGUCAAAUUUUAGACGCUGAGAUCGACGUGAUCCCUUACUCUGAAAGCACCUUUAUUACUUACAAAAGAUAUGUGCGCAAAUACAAAAAUGCCAUUGCUUCAAUGUCAAUUGAAGAAGUAGGAAAUGAUCUCAGCUCCAACCAAAUCAUAAAGCAGAGCCCAAAUGUAUUUUUAUACUUAAUAGAGCACCAACGUCGCUCAACACAAAUCCAGUUCGUGAUUAGAAAAAGGAUGCUCCAAAUCCAAGAUAACCCAGAAAUCGCAUGACGCAAAAUAAAAAAAUGGGCACGGGGAUAUUAUCAAGAAAUCCUGGACAGCUUAAAAUAG